UCCCCCUCGUGUCCCUCUGUAGCAGCAAUCACUCACUCAUUCCUCCACAUCUGUGAAGAAGUCCUUCCCCGUCUGCACCCAGUCUUCGCGAUGGCCGCCGCGACCGCCAUGCACUCCACCACCCUUGCAGGACAGUCCCUGCUGAAACCCGUCAAUGAGCUCUCCCGCAAGGUUGGCACGAGCGAAGCCCGUGUGUCUAUGCGCAAGUCCUCUGGCAGCGACAGCAUCUGGUAUGGUGCCGACCGACCCAAGUUUCUGGGCCCCUUCUCUGGCGAGACCCCCUCGUACUUGAACGGUGAGUUCGCUGGUGACUAUGGGUGGGACACUGCUGGACUCUCGUCUGACCCUGAGACUUUCGCUCGCAACAGGGAGCUUGAGGUCAUCCACGCCCGAUGGGCUAUGCUUGGAGCUUUGGGGUGUGUGACCCCUGAGCUUUUGGCCAAGAACGGUGUGAAGUUCGGAGAGGCUGUGUGGUUCAAGGCCGGAGCUCAGAUCUUCAGCGAGGGAGGUCUGGACUACCUAGGUAACCCCAGCCUUGUGCACGCACAGAGCAUUUUGGCCAUCUGGGCUUGUCAAGUUAUCUUGAUGGGAGCCGUCGAGGGCUACCGUGUUGCCGGUGGGCCUUUGGGUGAGGUGACUGACCCCAUCUACCCUGGUGGCUCAUUCGACCCCUUGGGCUUGGCCGAUGACCCCGACACCUUUGCGGAGUUAAAGGUCAAGGAAAUCAAGAACGGUCGUCUGGCCAUGUUCUCGAUGUUCGGAUUCUUUGUCCAGGCUAUCGUCACCGGAAAGGGACCCUUGGAGAACCUGAACGACCACCUGGCUGACCCCGUCGCCAACAACGCCUGGGCUUACGCCACCAACUUCACCCCCGGCAAUUAGAUUACGAAUUUGUCGAAAUGAUAUUGGUUGUAGCGGUGCGACGUUCAAGCGAACGUGGUUUGUAAAUGUGAUUUUAUUUUAUCUAGCCGAAAAUCAAAUCUGAUUUCUCUUCCA